AUAAUGGUGAAGUUUGCACAAUCCCAACAAGCACCUCAGCAGCUGAGAGGGAUGAGGAACAACGCCAGCACCCACAUGCAGAAGGGUGACUUUCUGAUUGGUCAAGAGGAGAGGUAUCAGCAGGGAUAAGCACAUGUCCCACCCCCCAGCAAUGGUAUAAAAAUGUUAUAUUCAGGGCAAAGCUGUACUCUCCCUGACUGUGGGGUCAGCUGUACACAAGGGGUUCCUGUUGGGUGUCUUCGUGUUUGAACACCAAGGCGUUCAUCAGCCUUGUGAAGACCUGCUCCAGGCAUGAAGAUCCUGUACCUGCUGUUCCCCUUCUUCCUCUUGUUCCUCCAGAGUGCUGCAGGAUCCCCCCAGGCUCUAGGAAAAAGGGAAGACUGUUUACAACGGAAUGGCUUCUGCGCGUUUCUGAAGUGCCCUUCCCUCUCACUAAUCGCUGGGAAAUGUUCAACGUUUCAACUUUGCUGUAAAACGUAA